GCAAAACGCGCUGCCUUGUUGUUCAUAGCGGCUACUUGAUUACACUCGUGUUACAUUACAGUUUUUGAAAUAUGCGUGUCUAAAUUUGAUUUCAUUUUAAAAUUGAAGCUUUAUUUUUAUGAUUUAAGUUAGUUUCUUUUUAUGAAUUAAGAAAUGUCUAUCGAGCCACAAAUCUUAGCUCUCCGUGGUUCAAAGGGAAUAAGAUUUUGCCGUGGUCCGCCACAAUCAGGGCCUUAUGAUGCUUUCCCAAAAAUUGAAAAUCCAUCAUGUCGAGAUAUGUCAUUUACAUCUGAUGGCAAUCUUUUCACAUGGUGUACAAAUCAGAGAAGUUGUGUUGCUGAAUGUAAAAAAUAUGAGACUAUAUUUAAAACAGAUUAUCCGAGCAUUUCUCAGUUACAACUAUCACCCAAAGGAACUUAUCUGUCAACUUGGGCUCAAUAUAGAGCCAGAGAAAAUGUUCAAGACAGUUGUAACCUUCAUAUUUGGAAUGUCAAAACUGGUGCAAUUGUGAAAUCAUUUAUACAGAAAAAGCAAAUAGGAUGGCAUCCUCAAUGGUCAGAUGAUGAAAAUCUUUGUGGAAGAAAUGUUAACAAUGAAGUUCACUUUUUUGAAGAUGCGAAAUUUGAUACUAUUGCAAAGAAAAUUUUUAUGCAAAAAGUAGCCUAUUUUAGCUUAGCUCCUGGUCCAGCUCCAUAUCAUGUAGCAUGUUUUGUGCCUGGAACCAAGGGACAACCUUCAUUUGUUAGAUUGUUUAAGUAUCCCAAUUUUGAAGGUUCUAAUAAUGUGAUUGCUCAAAAAAGUUUUUUCAAGGCUGAAAGAACAGAUUUUUAUUGGAAUAAAACUGGUAAAGACUGUAUAUUUUUGACCUCAGUUGAUGUUGAUAAAAGUGGAAUGUCCUAUUAUGGAGAGUUGAAUCUUUAUUAUGCAUCAGUUAAAGGUGAAACAGCAAAAAUUAAACUUGGUAAAGAUGGUCCAGUUUAUUCCGUGCAGUGGAGCCCUAAUUCUUUGGAAUUUUGUGUUGUGUAUGGCUUUAUGCCUGCCAAAGCAACAAUAUUCAAUUUAAAGUGUGAACCUGUCCUGGACUUCGAAGCAGCACCAAGAAAUGAAGUCACGUAUUCUCCUGUUGGAGAUAGAUUGGCUUUAUCUGGCUUUGGCAAUCUACAAGGAAACAUAGAAGUCUGGGAUUUGAAACUGAAAAAGCAAAUUAUUAAAUUUAAAGCUCAAGAUUCCACUUUAAUUCAGUGGAGUUUUGAUGGAGAAUAUAUUUUAACUGCCACAACAUCACCAAGAUUAAGAAUAGGAAAUGGAUAUCGAGUAUGGCAUUACACUGGAAGUUUAUUAGUCGAAGUAUUCCUUGAGUCUCCCGAAGAAUUGUAUGACAUUAGAUGGAAACCUGUACCUGAAGGUACUUACAAACCUAAACCUACUAUAUUUACACCAGUUCCAGGAAUCAAAUCUGCAAUUGCUGAAGCAUCAAAUCAAGUAUAUCGACCCCCGGGUGCUCAGGGUAAACAGGCAAGUUUCAAACUCCAUGAAGAAGAAGCACAAAAAAAUGCAGAAAAAGAGGCUGUAAUGACCAAAAAUAAGAAGAAAAAUUUAGCACGAAAAGCAAAGAAAGAAAUGGAAAAAUCUUCAGAAAAUGCAGAGUCUACUGGUACGAAUGAAUUAAUGAAAUCUGAAGCAUCUUAUUCUACUGAACUUACCGGAGAUCCAGAAAAAGAUAAGAAAAUUAAAUCUCUCUUAAAGAAACUUAGCCAAAUUGACAAGCUAAAACAAGACCAAGCAGCAGGGAAACCAUUAGAGCUUAAUCAGUUAGAGAAAAUUAAGAAGUCUGGUGAGUUAGAAGCAGAACUAGCCGCUCUUCAGUUAAGUUAAUAUUAACAUCUGACUGUGAUGACAUCAAUAUGGUUUUUGAAAAAUAUGUUAUGAAAAAUUUUUCAUCUAGAGAUUUAAUUUAAAAUUCAGAAUUUUGCAUAUUUUUUCUUUUUUUAUUGAAAUCAUUUCAAGUAUGUGAAUGUAAAGUUAUACAUUUUAAAAGAUAAGACUUCAUACUCUUGGAUGAAAUAAAAAAUAUAAACUUGA